UUAGGGCAAACAAGAUUCAAGUGGGAGAAAACAGUCAGAUAAAACGAUGAAACAGUCCAUUCUGCUCCAGUUUUUACUUGGAAUAGUUGUUUGCUUUGGUGUCUUCUUUUGCACCAAUGCAGAAGAUCCAUAUAGGUUUUAUACUUGGGAAGUCACUUAUGGAAUUCGGGCUCCUCUUGGUGUACCCCAACAGGUUAUUCUUAUUAAUAAUCAGUUUCCUGGACCUGCAAUUGAAGCUGUGACCAAUGACAACAUAAUUGUUAAUGUCAUCAAUCAAUUAGACGAACCCUUCCUCUUUACAUGGCAUGGAAUAAAGCAAAGGAGAACGACAUGGCAAGAUGGUGUGCUAGGAACCAAUUGCCCUAUCCCUCCCCACACAAAUUGGACAUACAAAUUCCAGUUGAAGGAUCAAAUUGGAUCCUACAUGUACUAUCCUUCAACUUUAAUGCAUAGAGCCUCUGGUGGUUUUGGAGCUAUCAACGUUAAUCAAAGAUCUGUGAUUUCAAUCCCAUACCCUGAACCUGAUGGGGAUGUAACUCUCGUUGUUGGUGAUUGGUACAUCAAUGGCUCCAAGGCCCUACAGGAAAGGUUGGAUUCAGGCUUGGAUCUUCCUCUGCCAGAUGGCCUUCUCAUAAAUGGUGCUAUUAACUCUUACAGUUUCACUGGCCAGAAAGGGAAAACAUACAAAGUUAGGGUUACAAAUGUGGGUAUAUCAACAUCAAUUAACUUCAGGAUCCAGGGUCAUCCGAUGACACUUAUUGAAGUUGAAGGAAGUCAUAGUUUGCAGGAGGUGUAUGAGUCCCUUGAUAUUCAUCCCGGUCAAUCUGUUGCUGUUUUGGUUACCUUACGUUGGUCGGUUAAGGACUACUUCAUUGUGGCUUCAACACGUUUCACCAAGCCAAUCCUCACCACUACCGGUAUUCUUCGCUAUAUCGGUUCGAACACUCCAGCCUCCUUGCCAUUGCCAGUCGGCCCAACGUACCACGUUCACUGGUCCAUGAAACAAGCAAGAACCAUCAGGUUGAACCUGACAGCAAAUGCAGCUAGGCCUAAUCCUCAAGGAUCAUUCCACUAUGGGCAAAUAAAUAUUAUGAGGACACUUGUUUUGGCUAAUGCAAAAGCCCAAAUAAAUGGCAAGUUGCGAUAUGCUGUGAACGGGAUAUCCUACGUGGAUCCAACUACUCCAUUGAAACUUGCAGACUGGUUUAACAUCACUGGUGUCUUCUGCUUAAACAACAUCAAGGAUUCUCCUUCUCCAAUUCCACAAGUCUUGGGUGUUUCGGUCUUCGGAUUCACCCUCCAUGACUUUGUUGAGAUUGUUUUCCAAAACACUGAAUCCAUCACCCAGUCUUGGCAUCUUGAUGGCUCCAGCUUCUAUGUUGUCGGAUAUGGCGGUGGCAACUGGACAACUGGCUUAAGAAGACGAUACAACCUGGUUGAUGGAAUACCUAGGCACACUGUUCAGGUUUAUCCAUUAGGCUGGACUGCAAUUUUGGUUUCAUUGGACAACAAAGGAAUGUGGAAUUUGAGGUCACAAAACUGGUCAAAGCGGUAUUUAGGGCAACAAGUUUAUCUUAGAGUUUGGAACGACGAGAAGAGCUUGUUUACUGAGGCCGACAUCCCUGCAAAUGCAUUACUUUGUGGCAAGGCCCUUCAAUUAUAGAACACCAUUAAUAUCAUAUUUAUGUAAUCUAUUUUUU